UCUAAGGUCUGUCUAAUAUUUUGGAGUUUUCACGUGACUUAGCACGUGCUGUUUUCUAAUUCAAACAAUUAUCAUAUUUUAUAAAUUUUUUUAUAACAAUCACUGUAUAUAUGUAUAUAUAUAUUGAUAUAUGUUGAAAAUAAAUAAUAAAAUUGUAAAUAAAAAUGAGUUUUUAUAAAACAAAAUCAAUUAUUGAAGAAGGAGAUGUUGUGGUUUUGUAUUUUGGACCUCAAAAAAUGCAUUGUUUCGAGGUUACACACAAAAUAGUUAACAAAAAAGGCGAACUAGUUGAUAAUGUCUUCCAAACAACUCACGGUGCUCUAAAAAUCCCAUCAUUGAUUGGUAAAAAGUAUGGUACUAAGGUAGAAUUGACACGUGGAUGGGCGUAUGUUUUGCAACCGACUCCAGAAUUGUGGACAGUGACUCUUCCUCAUCGAACUCAAAUUAUUUAUACGCCUGAUAUCAGUCUGAUAAUUCAUCUACUGGAUCUCGUUCCUGGAAGUAUUGUUAUUGAGACAGGAACUGGCAGUGGGUCAUUGUCACAUUCAUUAAUCCGAACAAUACGACCCCAUGGUCAUUUACAUACAUUUGAUUUCCACAAACAGCGGGUCGAAUUAGCGACUGCUGAGUUCAAAAAACAUGGAAUUGGCGAAUUUGUGACAGUAACUCACCGUGACGUUUGUCUAGAAGGUUUUGGAGACGCAUUGAAGCACAAAGUCGACGCAGUAUUUUUAGAUCUACCUCAUCCUUGGCUAACAAUAAAUCACGCGGUCGAUGCUCUGAAGGAGUCAGGUGGUAAAUUGUGUUCGUUUUCGCCGUGUAUUGAACAAGUGCAGCAGACUUGUAUUCAGUUGGAGGCCACUGGAUUCGUUGACAUUCGCACUCACGAGUGUUUGCAAAAAGAACUGACUGUUGUUUAUAAAAAUGUUCCUAAAUUGAAUCUUGAUUGUUUGAAAAAAAAGCACUCGGUGGAAGAAGUUGUGGAAAAAAAAUCUGGUGAACAAGACAAAAUAUUGACGGUAUCGCACGCUCAUUCAUUACCAGGACACACAGGAUAUAUUACGAUAGCGACAUUACCGCCGCUUUUUGCUCGCAUUAUUGAUGAUGAUAAUUAAAAAUAAAAGCAA